AUGUGCAAGAAUUUGUAUACACUGUUCCAUCCGGCUAAAGCCAUUUCUCCUCAGCAAAUGUCAGAGAACAAGAUCAAGAGCAUCGGAGAACUUGCUAGUCAUGUCAGAGGCGGAAAGUUUGCCUUCACAAAUUUUCUUGCGUGUCUCAGAGGCGGAGCGUCGCUCAAGGUCCUGAUCCGGACCUCACCGGUACAGCCGGACCUCACCGGUACAGCCGGACCUCACCGGCACAGCCGGACCUCACCGGUACACCCGGACCUCACCGGCACAGCUGGACCUCACCGGCACAGCCGGACCUCACCGGCACAGCCGGACCUCACCGGCACAGCCGGACCUCACCGCCACAGCCGGACCUCACCGGCACAGCCGGACCUCACCGCCACAGCCGGACCUCACCGCCACAGCCGGACCUCACCGCCACAGCCGGACCUCACCGGCACAGCCGGACCUCACCGGCACAGCCGGACCUCACCGGCACAGCCGGACCUCACCGGCACAGCCGGACCUCACCGGCACAGCCGGACCUCACCGGCACAGCCGGACCUCACCGGCACAGCCGGACCUCACCGGCACAGCCGGACCUCACCGGCACAGCCGGACCUCACCGGCACAGCCGGACCUCACCGGCACAGCCGGACCUCACCGGCACAGCCGGACCUAACCCGGCACAGCCGGACCUCACCGGCACAGCCGGACCUCACCGGCACAGCCGGACCUCACCGGCACAGCCGGACCUCACCGGCACAGCCGGACCUCACCGGCACAGCCGGACCUCACCGGCACAGCCGGACCUCACCGGCACAGCCGGACCUCACCGGCACAGCCGGACCUCACCGGCACAGCCGGACCUCACCGGCACAGCCGGACCUCACCGGCACAGCCGGACCUCACCGGCACAGCCGGACCUCACCGGCACAGCCGGACCUCACCGGCACAGCCGGACCUCACCGGCACAGCCGGACCUCACCGGCACAGCCGGACCUCACCGGCACAGCCGGACCUCACCGGCACAGCCGGACCUCACCGGCACAGCCGGACCUCACCGGCACAGCCGGACCUCACCGGCACAGCCGGACCUCACCGGCACAGCCGGACCUCACCGGCACAGCCGGACCUCACCGGCACAGCCGGACCUCACCGGCACAGCCGGACCUCACCGGCACAGCCGGACCUCACCGGCACAGCCGGGCCUCACCGGCACAGCCGGGCCUCACCGGCACAGCCGGGCCUCACCGGCACAGCCGGACCUCACCGGCACAGCCGGACCUCACCGGCACAGCCGGACCUCACCGGCACAGCCGGGCCUCACCGGCACAGCCGGGCCUCACCGGCACAGCCGGGCCUCACCGGCACAGCCGGGCCUCACCGGCACAGCCGGGCCUCACCGGCACAGCCGGGCCUCACCGGCACAGCCGGCCCUCACCGGCACAGCCGGACCUCACCGGCACAGCCGGACCUCACCGGCACAGCCGGACCUCACCGGCACAGCCGGACCUCACCGGCACAGCCGGACCUCACCGGCACAGCCGGACCUCACCGGCACAGCCGGACCUCACCGGCACAGCCGGGCCUCACCGGCACAGCCGGGCCUCACCGGCACAGCCGGGCCUCACCGGCACAGCCGGGCCUCACCGGCACAGCCGGGCCUCACCGGUACAGCCGGGCCUCACCGGUACAGCCGGACCUCACCGGUACAGCCAGACCUCACCAGUACAGCCAGACCUCACCGGUACAGACCAAAUUACCACCAUGUAA